AUGUUCCUGUUUCCUCCUACCAUCCUGUGGCCUUUCCAUUUCCCCCACUCACCCCCCUCCCUCACACCCUCUCUCACACGCUCCCACGCACCCUCCCUCACAACCUCCCUCACCCUACCUCAAACUCUUCCUCACCUCACCCUUCCUCACAACCUCCCUCACCCUCUCUCACCCGCACAGGGGCAUAUCAGACGAGGAGAAGCCGACGAGGAGAAGCCGGUGCUGAGAGCGCGGUUGCUGGAGCUAGUAGCAGAUGAGAACAGCCAUGUCAAGUGGCCGGGCAUAUCAGACGAGGAGAAGCCAGUGCUGAGAGCGCGGCUGUUGGAGCUAGUAGCAGACGAGAACAGCCAGGUGGCCGUGCAGCUGGCCGUGCUGAUUGCUAAGAUCGCCCGCAUCGACUACCCCAGGGAAUGGUCCGAGCUAUUCCCCACGCUCCUGCAGAAGCUUCAGAGUCAGGACCCUCUGCUCACACAGCGUGCCUAUCUGGUUCUCAAUCACGUACUUAAAGAACUCUCAACCAAGCGCCUGACUGUGGACCAACACACCUUUUCUCAGGUGACCAGCCAGCUGUUUGAGCCCACCUGGGCGCACUGGGUGAGAGACACAGGGUCUCUGCUCCAGGGCCUAACCGCCCUUGAGGCUGGAGGGUCAGACCCAGCAGCAGCAGCAGCAGCAGCAGCAGCAGCAGCAGCAGGGGCAGGGGCAGCAGGAGGGGCGCUGAUGCUGCUGUGUGAGCGGUGGCUGUUGUGUGUGAAGACUCUCCGUCGCAUGCUGGUGUUUGGCUUUCCUUCUGAUUUCAAAUCCGUUCAGGAGGUCCCGGUAUUAGAACAAGUCGUGCCAGCGUUUCUUGAAGCAGCUCAAUCCCUUCUCAACUUUCGCAAUCUCUCACAGCAGCGCCCAGCCCUGCAACCCCUGCACACCUUCCUCUCCCGCGCCUCAGUCAAGCUGCUCAAGACGCUCGUCGCCUCCCACGAGCUGCACCCUUUCUCCUUCGCCUCCAAAAACGUCCUCCUACCCACCCUCGACUUCUGCUACACACAGAUCACCACCACCGACCCCACCUCCUCCUCCCCUUCCCUCUCCGCCCCUGCUGCUGCUACCAGUCCACAACCCCCCGCUACUGCCGCCGCAGCCGCCGCUGCUGCUACUGAUGCGUCCGCCUCCUCUUCAGCUUCCAGCCACGGCCUGUUUCUGAUAGAGUGUAUGCUGUUUCUGCAGAGCGUGCUGCGAUGUGUGGCAUACAAGCAGAACCCCACGGGGCACGUGGUGGGGGCGGCAGUGGCAUCAGCGGAGGAGAUGAGGGGGAAGCUGUCAGGCAUGGCCCGACAGCAGCUGCAGGGGUUCUUUUCCCAGGAGAAAGUGGUGCUGCUGGGAGGAGUGCUUGUGCAACGCUAUCUGGUGCUGACAGCAGGGGACUUGGAAGAAUGGGGGUCCGACCCAGAGGUGUUCUAUCACGAGCAAGGGGCAGUGCAGUGGAAGGACAAGCUGCGGCCGUGCGCUGAGGCUCUGCUGCUGUUGUUGUUUGAGCAAUUCAAAGAGGUCCUCUCCCCGGCACUCAUAGACAUGCUACGGCAGUGCAUAGAGGCAUGCCCCCCGCCUGCUUCCCCUGAUGCCGACGUGCCUGUCACCCCGGCUCUGCUGCUCAAGGAUGCGUGCUACGAUGCCGUGGGGGUGGCGUGUUAUGAUCUACAUGAUGUUGUGGACUUCAAAACAUGGUUCACCACAGCACUUCUACCAGACAUGGCAUGCCGCCAUCCCAACGCGCGAAUCUUGCGCCGGCGGGCAGCGUGGAUGGUGGGGCAGUGGGUGGGCAAGGUGGAGGGGGAGCUGUGCGUGCCAGCCUACCAGGCGCUCAUCUCCCUGCUGCCAGAUGAAGACCUGGUGGUUCAGCUCACAGCAGUGUCAUCUCUCCGCACGCUGAUAGACGACGUGCAUUUCUAUGAGGACCAGUUCGCCCCUUUCCUCGACACGGCAGUGCAGCUGCUCUUUCGCUGCCUGCAGCAGGUGUCGGAGUUUGAUUCGCAGCUGCAGAUAGUGAACGUGGUAUCGCUCAUCAUAGAGCGCAUGGGGGAGAAGAUCGUUCCAUUGGCCGACAAAAUACUGUCCUGCUUGCCACAAGUGUGGGAGCAAUCGGAGGGCCAACCGCUGCUGCGCAUUCAAGUCAUGCAGGCGUUGCAACGCCUCAUCGUGUCGCUCGGCCCGCAGUCCCCGAUCUCCUACCCACUGCUCUUCCCCAUCCUGCGAUACAGCACCGACAUCUUCCAGCCUGAUGAACUCAACAUGCUGGAAGACGGGCUUCAGCUAUGGCAAGCCACACUGCGACAUGCACCAGCCAUGGUACCAGAGCUCAUGGCUCUCUUCGCCAACCUUGUGCCCAUCAUGGAUCGCAGCUUUGAGCACCUCCCGGUAGCCACGGCAAUCAUGGAGAGCUAUGUCCUGGUGGGAGGGCCAGCGUUCCUGCAGCAGCACGCAGGGAGCCUGGUGGGAAUGAUUGAUGCGGUGGUGGGGAAUGUGAAGGAGAAGGCGAUGCUGCUGGUGGCGGGACUCGUUGAUCUGAUAAUUCAGUGCUACCCAGCUGAAGCUCCUCCUGCCCUCGAGUCAGUUCUUCAGAAACUGCUGCUGAUAAUCGUCGGACCAACAGAAUACUCUGACCUCGUUAGAGGCACAUGCGCUACAGUGCUCGCACGGGUGGUUCUACAGAACAGCUCCUAUUUCGCUCAGUUCAUAUCCGCCGACUCAACCCGCCUGCUCCUGCAGCAGCAGUCCGCAGCAAAGGGCAACGCUCCUCCUCUCGCCCUCUUUCUGGAUGCUUGGUUGGAUAAGGUCGACUCUGUCUCAGUCCCAGCGAAACGGAAGCUCUCUUCUCUCGCCCUGGCAGUGCUGCUCACAAUGCCGGAACCGCAGAUUCUCGAAAGACUCGACCUCAUUCUCUCUGUCUGCACCGGCUCUCUGGGAGAGGACAACCCAGACAACACGCCACUGCUGCCAGACAUCUCCACAGUGGGGCAACACGCCACUGCUGCCAGACAUCUCCACAGUGGGCUGAGGGACUAUGCUUCCGUUUCAGAUUCCUUUCAGGGAGGAGGAGCGGCCGUGGAGUGCAAGGCGCUGAGGCGGCGCCAAGUAGCAUCCAUAGACUCAGUGCACCGGGUGACCGUGAGAGGGGCGAUAUGGUCCUUUUCAGACUCGAUUCAAGGAGGGGAAGGCGCUCCCGUGGAGUGUGAAGCGUUGAGGCGGCGCCAGGUGGCGUCCAUAGACCCCGUGCACCGGGUAGCAGUGGGGCCCUACGACUAUGCAUCGGUAUCAGACUCGAUUCAGGGAGGGGAAGGCGCUCCCGUGGAGUGCGAGGCGCUGAGGCGGCGCCAAGUAGCAUCCAUAGACCCCGUGCACCGGGUAGCAGUGGGGCCGUUCUUAAAGGAGAAGCUGCAGGCGUGUGUGGCGGUGCACGGGGAGCAGCAAUUCCAAGCCGCCAUGGCCCGCGUGCCUCCGCCCAUUGUGUCUCAGCUGCAGCAACUCUAG